AAAUUAUAGCAGUUAAUGACUUUUCUAUGUAUUAUAUCAUCCCUUUAUGUUCAUUUUAGAGUUGAAAAUAUUAAAAAAAAUGACAUAAAUGGAUUAGAAAGAAUUGCUAUUUUUGUUUCUCUCAUCAUGAAGAUGGCUGGUAACCGACCGGUGGGUACUGCAAGUCCUACAACAAUAAAUACUGUUUUACCUAUGAAUCAAAGCACUACUGUUCCUAUGAAUAUAUCCUCAUCUAGCCCUACCAAUCCAGAUCUAGCCAGUUUAUUUGAAUGUCCUGUCUGUUUUGAUUAUGUUCUUCCACCCAUCUUUCAGUGCAGUAGUGGACAUUUAGUUUGCUCCAAUUGUCGUCCAAAGUUAACGAUAUGCCCAACAUGUCGUGGACCCCUUGGCAGUAUACGCAACCUUGCCAUGGAAAAAGUUGCAAAUACAGUUUUGUUUCCGUGUCGUUAUAAUUCAUCAGGAUGCCUUGUUACAUUGCCGCAUACAGCGAAGACAGAUCACGAAGAGUCUUGUGAAUUCAGACCAUAUGCUUGUCCUUGCCCUGGUGCUUCAUGUAAAUGGCAAGGUUCUCUAGAUACUGUUAUGCCACAUUUGUUACACGUGCACAAAUCUAUCACAACUCUUCAAGGUGAAGACAUUGUAUUUUUAGCCACAGACAUAAAUUUACCUGGUGCGGUUGAUUGGGUAAUGAUGCAGUCUUGUUUUGGUCAUCAUUUUAUGUUAGUCUUAGAAAAACAAGAGAAAUUCGAGGGGCAUCAGCAAUUCUUUGCAGUUGUACAACUUAUUGGAUCCAGAAAACAGGCUGAAAAUUUUGCCUAUCGAUUAGAAUUAAAUGGGCAUCGUCGAAGACUUGCAUGGGAAGCUACCCCUAGAAGCAUUCAUGAUGGUAUACAGUCAGCUAUUUUAAAUAGCGAUUGUUUGGUGUUUGAUACAAGCAUAGCACAGUUGUUUGCUGAUAAUGGUAACUUGGGGAUUAAUGUAACAAUAUCAAGUUGUUAAUGAGUUAAGAUCGUUGUUUUGAUAUUUAAUGGUGUUGAAUUACAUUGGUUCAGGUGUACUGAUUGUACAAAACUCAUCAAUCUGUAGGAAGUCUUCAACAUUUUUUGGAUCCUCGAUUUAUUGAGGCUAGAGAAAACGAUAUUUAGAAUAACAACUAUAAUAUUACAAUCUGUGUUUUACAUUUUUGAGACUUUUAUUUGGGUGUCAAAAAAUCUGUUUUAAACAUUUCGCACUAUAUGUGUCUCUGCAUUUAUAUACAACCUAAUUUUUUCACUGUGUUAUGGGAAUCAUUUUCAUCAAACUAAAUCUACGAAAUGAUAAGCUCUUGGUUAAAGUUUUUGCAAGGCACUCUAAAAAUAUCAAAACGUCUUGUAGUGAUGGUCAAUUUUUCUGCACAAGGAAACAUUUUUGGUGCAAUUGUUUUACGGCUGAAUAUAGAUGUAACAUUUGACUGCAGAACCAUCUACCUGGUAAAGCAGGAUUAGAAGGUCAGAGUUAGUUUGCUCUUCGGGGUAACAACUUUUAUUUUUGUAUAUUUUUAUUUCAUUGUAUACCUUCAAUUCAAUAUAACCUCAAUUUUGCUUUCUUGGUUCAAGCUAAAAAUAUUUUUCAAGUAAACUUACCAGGAUUUUUGGAUUUAUGAAAGUAAGUGCAGUAUAACAUGUGAAGGACGUCACAUAAUCAUUCUUCGAUUGUUAUUUUUUUAAACUAACUUUCCUAAUUCUUUUCUUAGUGGAUAAUGCAACCUUUAACAGCAGUAUCAAAGGCUUGCGUCAAAUUCUCUAGAGUUAUGUUUUAUGCAAAUUCUUGUUCCAAAUUCUUUUGUGUUUUAAAGUCCGUUGAGCUUAAAGUGAUAACUGAUCAGACUGAUUAAAAGUGUUCUUUUUCUUUUUCAAAAUCAACAGUGUUUGAUUUGUCCUCAUACCUAAAAGUGUGUUGCACUUCAAAAUUUGUACUAUGUUGCCCGUUGAUCCUUACAUUUUUUUUCGAAUUUACAUUGAAGGCUAUACAUUUUAAUUUUUCUUCGUCUUAUUCAAAAAACAUUAAAAAGAGUUUUCACAACAAGUGUUAAAAGUUAGGAAGAAUAUUUAGCAUACAAUUUGUCGAACUCUACUGUGUGUGUCACAGGUGAACUCUUUCCAAUCUGUUGUUUACCCAAAUUUGUUUGAGAGAUUUACGUCUCGUUGUUGUUGUUGUUUCAAGGAAAUUAUUUAUUUUUAUUUAGUCAAUUCUUUUUGGCUGAGAAGUCUGUUUGACUUUUUUUCAUGCAUUAUUAUAGUUUUUGUGGGUUUCUCAUUCUAUAGAUCUAUUUCAUUUAUGUAUAUAUAUUUUUUCAUAGGGUGCUAGUAUAUUUCGAUGUAUAGCUUCAAGAAUAGUGAGCUUGUUGAGAUACUUGUAAAUAAAUGCAAAAACAGUUUUUUAUUAGUUAAUUUACAUUUUUGUGAUGACAUUGUUGUAAAAAUAAAAUAAAUAAAUAAAUAAAUAAAUAGAUUGGUUUUAUUAA